GAGCCAAACCUGAGAAUUUACAAGCCACAUCACUGGAGCUGUCAGCAACACCACAACAUCUCAUUGACAGGAGAGAAAGAGAUUAUGAAGAAAAUGGACUCAUCUAACGGUGUCAACCGGCCACUAGAGAUUGUCCCGAACACGGAGGAGAAGAUGAUGGAACGAGGACAGUGGAGUAAUAAGUUGGAGUUUGUGCUGUCAGUCGCUGGAGAGAUCAUUGGACUGGGAAACGUGUGGCGCUUCCCGUAUCUCUGCUAUAAGAACGGUGGAGGUGCGUUUUUUAUUCCGUAUCUGAUCUUCCUCUUCACUUGCGGUAUUCCCGUGUUCUUCCUGGAGGUCGCUCUGGGUCAGUACACAAGUGAAGGAGGAGUCACCUGUUGGAGAAAGAUCAGUCCACUGUUUGAAGGUAUUGGAUACGCAACUCAGGUCAUCGUGGCUCUGCUGAAUUUCUAUUAUAUAAUAGUUCUGGCCUGGGGAAUAUUUUACCUGUUCAACUCUUUCUCCUGGAACCUGCCGUGGGCUUCCUGCAACAACACUUGGAAUACAGAUUCCUGCGUAGAGUUUCAAAGAAGAAAUGAAUCAGUUGAGCAAAGUCACCUUGAAAACGCAACAUCACCUGUGAUUGAAUUUUGGGAACGGAGAGUUUUACGGAUCUCCUCUGGAAUCGAUGAGAUUGGGACGUUACACUGGGAUCUGGUGCUCUGUCUGCUGGUGGCCUGGGUUCUGUGCUACUUCUGUAUCUGGAAGGGUGUGAAGUCCACAGGCAAGGUGGUGUACUUCACUGCAACCUUCCCGUAUCUGAUGCUUUUGGUUUUACUCAUCAGAGGGGUCACGCUGCCCGGAGCGUCCCGCGGGAUCCAGUUCUAUCUUUAUCCUGACCUGGGAAGGUUAUCCGAUCCACAGGUAUGGAUGGAUGCAGGCACACAGAUCUUUUUCUCUUACGCCAUCUGUCUGGGCUGUCUUACUGCACUCGGCAGCUACAACAAAUACAACAACAAUUGCUACAGGGAUUCUUUGGCCUUGUGUUUUCUCAACAGCGGAACCAGUUUUGUAGCCGGUUUUGCCAUCUUCUCGAUUCUCGGCUUCAUGUCUUACGAGCAGAACGUUCCGAUUUCAGAAGUUGCAGAAUCCGGUCCUGGUUUGGCGUUCAUCGCGUACCCGCGGGCUGUGUCCAUGAUGCCCAUCUCACCAGUGUGGGCCUGUUUCUUCUUCAUAAUGAUCGUUCUGUUGGGAUUAGACAGUCAGUUUGUGUGUGUGGAGAGUCUGGUCACGGCUAUGGUGGACAUGUACCCGUCUGUGUUCCGCCGAAAGAACCGGAGAGAACUGCUCAUCCUUGCCGUGGCUGUCGUGUCCUUCCUCGUGGGUCUGAUUAUGCUCACAGAGGGUGGAAUGUAUGUCUUCCAGCUAUUUGAUUACUAUGCAGCGAGUGGAAUGUGUUUGCUCUUUGUUGCUGUUUUUGAGACAGUCUGUGUUGCCUGGAUAUAUGGUGCUAAUCGAUUCUAUGAUAAUAUUGAGGAUAUGAUCGGUUAUCGUCCAGGGCCGUAUAUUAAAUACUGCUGGAUGUUCUUCACCCCAGCUACAUGUUUUGGUACAUUUGCGUUCUCUCUGAUCAAAUACACUCCUCUGAAGUAUAAUAACGAAUAUGUGUACCCGUGGUGGGGUUACGCUCUCGGCUGGCUGCUCGCUAUGUCCUCCAUGGUCUGUAUCCCGCUGUGGGUCGUUUCUAAACUGAGCAUGGCCAAAGGUUCACUCAGAGAGCGUUUUCAUGAGCUCACCACGCCCUCUCCUGACCUGGUCAAGACCAAACGUGAGCAGGAGAAACUUCAGGCCAUUUUUGUGGCCGAUGGUGACAGUCUUCGCCAGCGAAGUGCCCCGACCAAAGAAGGGUACUUCCCUGUCAGUGAGAAGGAGUCGCACUGUUAGCCCCACCGCGAACGCCACGAAACUGUGAUGGACCAGUGUGUUUCCCAGAGGGUGGUCCUUCUACACUUCUCAUGAUACCUCACAAUACUGGCAGCCAAAUAAACUAUACAGAGAUGCCAGGGUGAUGUUUGACCUCCAUAGGUUAAUGAGAGGAUUUUAAGAGCUUCUUUUGAUUUCAUGUUUGCUCUUGUAGGACAAGAGUUUAUGAAGUGUUGGUUAGUGUCAGUAUUAUAGAUAAUAGAAUGAAAAUCUCAACAUUAAAACAUUAUUUACUAUUACUUCCGCAAUGUCACAUAUUUUCAGGAUAUUCAAGAAAAAAAUUCGAGCAAAGCAUGUUAUGAACAUGCCCAAGUCAUAUAGUUCACCCCUAAAUUAAAAGAAAGGAAUAAGAAAUGAUAUGGGGUUGGCAUACCAAUUCAUACCUAAGGCAGGAUUGGGAACCAAGAACCAGGGCUUAUUCAGAUACUGUAUUUAAAAAAAGAAAUACUAGAACCAGAUGAUUUUCAGGACUUCCGCUAACGGUUCUUGAACAUUCAUUUUCCUGCCGAUGCGGAGGGAAGCCAUACUAAAAUACUCUCAAAGGGUUUUCUCUAUACUGAAUCUUAUUCACAGUCACUCCAUUUGAUUUUAGAUGGGAGUUAAAACUAGGUUUAGAGGGAUAGAAUCCCAGAUCAAAUCUUAUUUUCCACAACUCAUAUUGUUUUGUCUACUGAAACAUUUUGGAAAGAUAUAUUCAAUGUGCUCCCAUAGUGGAAAAACCAGCUUAGGCUGGUAGCGGUGGAACAUGGUGGUUUAAGAUGGUCAUAAGCUGGUCAUGAGCUGGUUGACCAGCUACCAUCUUCCAAAAACCACCGUUACCAGCUAGAGCUAGUAUGACCAGCUGAUCGUAAAAUGCUAAACCAGCUAAUGUCCAGCUUGGACCAGUUUAUGACCAGCUUAAACCAGCUACCAUGUUCCAAAACACAGCUAAUCAUGUUGUAAUAAUUAUAAUAAUAAUACGUUUAUUUUAUACAGCGCAUUUCUUGAACCCAGUGUUGCUUUACAUGAGAGCAAAUACAUGAAAUACUGCAAAUGGACAGAAAACAAAAUACAUAUUAUGUUGUAGAUGUUUGUAGGGUAGCUAUAUUUUUAGAAAUGGAAAAUAGAGAGAUCUAAAACCCUUUAAAAAACUGUGCAACCCAUUUAAGAUACGGUAAGUCUGUCCCUCACAGUGUCAUGUUCCCGUCAAAAAAAUUAAGAUGGCGCUACUGUAAAGCCCGAAACACAAGAGCGCGAACUGUGUAUUGCGGUUCACCGACGAGUGACUCAUUAAAGCCGGUUCUUUAGAUUCUAUAGCGCGAAACUAACAGCUUGGCCACCGGUCACUAGAACGAUUCCUGAAUGACUCAUUGCUCUCGAAUGACUCAUUACAACCGGCUCUUUAAAAUCAUCGGCGCGAAACAAACAGUACGAUCGAUUCCCGAACGAAUGAAUCAGACGAGCCGGUUCUUUUGUAUCUAUCAUGAAUCUAAGUGCCGUUCCCGAAUGAACGACUCGUAUGAGUCGGUUCUUUUGAGCGAAUCGGACUUCCGUCAUGUCUGACUAGAAACAGAAAUACACAACAAAAUUGGAAGCACUAUAUUGUCUAGAAUGUCAUUGUACGUCGUAGUAUUAUAUAUGUAUAUCCCCUCACAGAAAUUACUAGCAUAGCCAAACUAGCAUAGCCAAACUCGAGAUGUUCGCACACAUUUGGCCAUAUUGUGUAUAAGCGUUUAACUUCUCAACGGACCCUUUGCCCAACAGGUGGCAGAGUGGAACAGAAUCGAAACAGUAGCUGGAUGUUACAACCCCUGGCAAAAAUGAUUUAGACACCACAAUUAGAGGAUGUUCACCCAGCUUUUUUUACUUUGUAGCAAAUAAACAAAUCACAUAUAUGACACAAAACAAUCUUUGUUUAAUAGCUGAACAUUCUGGCUUUGUGAAACAUCCCUCAAGCUAAUUAAAUUACAUUGUUUUAAUGAAUGUCAAAAUUAUUACCAGAUCAAGUAGAGGAAAAGUAAUGGAGUCAUCAACUAAAAAAAUCACAAUUAGUAGGCUACUUUGUUGCUUCUCGUCUGGCUUUUAUGACAGCCUGAAUUCUUUGAGGCAUGGACUUCACUAAUGAAAAACAAUAUUCUCCAUCAAGCUGGUUCCAACUUUCUCCAAUAGCGGUUGACAAAUGGAUGGAGCCUUUCUAUGGACCAAUUUUUUCAGUUUCCACCAUACAUUUUCAGUCGGUUUGCUGGCCAUGUCAUUGAGUUGAAAUGCCUUUCCUGAAGAAAAGCUUUACCACUCUUUGCUCUGUGGCAAGAUGCAUUAUCAUCCUGAAAAAUGACUUAAUCAUCACCAAACCUAUUUUCUAACGAUGGAAUGAGAAAAGUGUCCAAAAUUUCAAUGUACGCCUGUGCAUUGACUGUUGAGGUAAUGAUUGCCAUCUCCCCUGGUCCUUUACCUGACAUGCAACCCCAUAUCACAAAUGACUGGGGAUAUUUGAUUGUUUUCGUUAGGCAGUCAUCUUUAUAUGUUUCAUUAGAACGGCACCAGACACAAGUUCCCGCAUCAUCGCAUUGGCCAAUGCAGAUUUGUGAUUCAUCACCGAAUAUCACUUUCAUCCAAUCAUCCACACUCCAGGAUUGCUUCUCUUUAGCCCACUGUAGCCUUGUUUUCUUCUGUUUAGGUGUUAGUUUCUAUAUGUGAAUCCCAUUUUAUUCAGCCGAUGUCUUACAGUUCUGUCACAAACACUGUCUCCUGUUUCCGCCCAUUUGUUUUGUUGUGCAUUUUUAGUUUCCCUUUUCUCCCAAUUUUGGCAUGCCCAAUUCUCACUACUUAGUAGGUCCUCGUGGUGACGCAGUCACUCACCUCAAUCCCAGUGGCGGAGGACAAGUCUCAGUUGCCGGCACUUCUGAGACGUCAAUCCGCGCAUCAAAUCACGUGACCCGUUGUGCAUGACAACGCGGAGACUCACAGCAUGUGGCGACUCAUGCUACUCUCCACGAUCCACACACAACUCACCACACGCCCCAUUGAGAGCUAGAACCACUAAUCGUGACCACGUGGUGCGGCUGUCGCUCAGGUGGUAGAGCGGGGUGGCCACUAAUUGCAGGGUUGGCUGUUCGAUUCCCGGCCUGCAUGACUUCACAUACCGAAGUGUCCUUGGGCAAGACACUGAACCCCAAGUUGCUCCCAAUGUCAGGCUAGCGCCUUGCAUGGCAGCUCUGCCAUCAUUGGUGUGUGAAUGGGUGAAUGAGUCACAGUGUAAUGCGCUUUGAAUACCGCUAAGGUGAAAAAAGCGCUAUAUAAGUGCAGACCAUUUACCACAAGGAGGUUACCCCAUGUAACUCUACCUGCCCUAGCAACCAGGCCAAUUUGGUUGCUUAGGAGACCUGGCUGGAGUCACUCAGCACACCCUGGAUUCAAACUCGCGACUCCAGGUGUGAUAGUCAGCGUCAAUACUAGCUGAGCCACCCAGGCCCUCCACAUUUUCUAUUUUCAAGGCAUAUUGCUUUGAGUCAUCUUCCUUGGUCUACCGUCCCAUUUUGUUUAUACUUGCACCAAAUUUUAGACCCAGCUGACUGGGAACAACCAACUUCUUAUGCCACACUCCAUGUUGGAUUUCCUUCUUGAAGGAGUUUCAUCAUCCUUUCCAUUGUUUCAAAUGGCAACUCUAUUGUUGAGGCCAUGUUUCCUUUCAGUUAGCCAAGUCCAACGGCUCGUUAAGAUCUAUAAGCACCUUUAACUGCAGACUAAUUAGCAUUUUUAGACUUGUGCCGGUAUUUGUUUCAGAAAUGCAAAUUACAAGGUGAUUCCGUAGUUGUUCCUCUUCUUGAUCUGGUAAUAAAUAUGCCAUUAAUUAAAAUCAUGUAAUUAAAUUUGGUUGAGGGGUGUUUCACGAAGCCAGAAUGUUCAGCUAUUAAACAAAGAUUGUUUUACAUUUACAUUUAUGCAUUUGGCAGACGCUUUUAUCCAAAGCGACUUACAGUGCACUCAUUACAGGGACAAUCCCCCCGGAGCAACCUGGAGUUAAGUGCCUUACUCAAGGGCACAAUGGUGGUGGCUGUGCGGAUCGAACCAGCAACCUUCUGAUUACCAGUUAUGUGCUCACUACACCACUCCGAGAACAUCCUCUAAGUGUGGUGACAUUUUUGCAGGGGUUGUAGAAAUGGAAACUUGUUUUGGUUCAAACAAUCAAUGCAUCUGCUUUCUGAGGAAGCAAACUACAGUUUUUAGGAUCCACAUGGAUAUGCUUCAUAAAUACAGUAGAAUCCGUAGGGUUUUAUACGCACAUCAACUUACUUUAGUUUAAAUCGCCUAUGAAUGUUAGCACUUUCAACACAUCAAAUAGUAAUAAAGGAAGGCAAUGAACGGAAAUCAGUUUUUAAUUGAACGUUUUGUGCUUAUGCAAAACAAUUUACAGUGUUACACAGAUUAAUACUCAAUAAUUCUUAUGCAUGUGAGAAUUGGGAUGUAAGCUGAUAUAAAUCAUACAUUUCUGUAUUCCAUGAUUCAGUAUUUUUGAUUGUCCUAUUGUACCUUUAUUAAAACCGUGUUAGUUUGUCAUGUAGCAUUCUCUGUCUAACAGUAUAGGGUUUAUGAUAAAGGUAUGCAUUUUUUAACGCCUACAAAAAUCCGCUUGAUUGCACAUUGAGGACCAAUCCAUAUCUUCUUGUUAAUUUUCCUCUGUUAUGGUACAUAUCUAAUGACUUUUAUGAAGUGUUGCAGUGUACUGAGUAUGUGAAUCACCAGCAAUCUUUAUGUAAAUACCCUUUAUGUAUGUACAGAACGGCUGAGUUCGGAUUUUAUGAGUGUAAAUGUGUUACAUAUCAUGAGCCAGAUAUAUUGCUCAUGUAUAAACAAUACAUCAAUAAUAAUAACAAUAAAAAACAUUUAUCCACACGUUUGGUUAUU